UUCUUUGAGCAAGUAACUAUAUGUUUGAACAGGUGUCAACUUUGUAUUAGAGAUGAUGCUUAACAGUUUAAGUGAUAUCCAAUUUCUGUAGCUGGUGAUCUUAUCUGCCUGGUCAUUGAUUUCAUAAAAUGCCUGUUGGAGUAUACUUCUCAGUUCUCAUGGCAUACUUAUGAAGGAAAAUAUGCAUAGUAUCAUCAUCAUAAAAGCAUUUGGUUGCAUUUUCGUGGAAAAGAUUUUAGUACAUAAGAGUUUUGUUGCUUUUCAAAGAACUGUUUAGAAAACCUGACCUUGACAUCCUCUUAGCUAUUGUACUAAGAGUUCUGCUUCCUGUUGAUUCCUUAAUGUAGUCCUUUGAACCUGAACUACUUAACAUCAGGGUUUCCUCCAUCAUUAGAAGCUCUUGCAAGGUUGGUGUAAUCUCUAAACAUGGUAAUCAUGUGAAAUCACUUGGAAACUAAAACCACUUAAGUAACGUUUCCUCUGGUUUUAGGAGAUAUCACAAGUACAUGUAUGGAUGUGCAUACCAUUAGCUUAUUCCAUUUAAUAGAAUAUAAUAAACCUAUUUGACAUACAGAAUCUCUUUCCUAGACGACAUAACCUCUAUGUGCCUUGCAGAUUUGGCCUUGUUUGAUUCUUCCAAGUGUCUCAGACUUGAUCCCUUUCAUUAUAUUCUAACCAACUUCCAUUCAAAGUUUUCUUUGAAGAUUAAUUUAGAAUCUUGACAGUAUUGAUAUGCAUCCACUGUGAUUCUUUGCCUUGAAGGGCAACUAAACUGGUUUGAAUAGCCCUCAAACAUUACUCAAGUCAUCUGCUUAUUAUACUUCAGCAAAAAUAAACAAUUGAAUGCCAAGAAAUAUUUUUCUCUAAGAUCAGUGUCAUACAUAGUUGACUUAAGCAGAUUGAUGUCUAAACAGCUCUAUAAUUCUCUCCUUCAUUAGCUUUUCCCCGUAAAUAGUUGACUGAAGUAGAUUUACAUGUAAAUGGUUUUAUAAUUCUGCAACAAUAAGUUGUUGUCAAAGAUCCACUGUGUGGAUCACCUGGCUAUGCUAUUCUGGUUUUUGCCAGAUAUUCUGCUAUUUGAGUUGUAUUGUUUCCAAGUGUAGAACCCUUUCAGGGAAAUUUUCUUGUAUAUGUAAUUAAUGUUCCAUGUAAGAGAUCUUGAACUUUUUAUUCCCAAGCCCCAUUGCAGGUCGUGGCUGCAUUGUGAGGUCUAUAGACCUUAUUGCUUCGGUGAAGUGAUACCCAUGGAGUCCUCAAAUCUAGUUACUAAUGAUGUGUCUAUUCUUGAGAUUUAAGUGAUUUAACUUUAUUAGUUAGUUCAUUUUCAUUUGCCUUGAUAUAAAGGGGACAUAGCAUGUGGUUAAAGAAACCACAACAAUUUCAUUCCAGCUUGUGAUUGCCUUAACUGCAUUUGAUUGACUAUUUGAUGUCAGCAUUGCUACAUAUCUCUGCCUUGAACAGAUGAAUAUAAUGCUGGCAUUGCUCUGAUACUAUUAUGCAUCCAGCCCUACUUUAUAAUUAUGGAGUAUCAUUCUGUGGAAAUCGUUGCAUUUGAUUAGAAUCCGUGCAGAUACACUAUGUAGAUGGCAAAAGGUUUUUUUACAAAGAAUAUAGCCUUUUUUAUUGGACAGAUAUGGUCUAUGUUAUGCAAUCCAACUCCAUCUCUUAUCCAUUUGAUUUCCCAGACUUGAAGGUUCUUUCUCCUCUUUAUUACGGAGUAUUACUUAGCUAUGCGUACUAGUGUUGAGGAGCCAGGAGUUUUUAUUUUGUGAAAUGAUGGAGCUUUUGGCCAGGAAAGAAUAUAUUCUGGUCUGACUCAAACCUGUCUCCAUGGAAGUUAAACCAUCCUCUCUGGGAUAUAUAUGACCCUUUUUCAAAGUCAUGCAACAUGCUUGCGUAGGAUCUCUGAAUCAGGUUUUGUUUAUUAUAUGCACAAAAGUAAAAGAAGUGCUGGUGGUCGGCCAGAAAGCUUGAAGGAGAAUGGGAGAGCAAAUUGAAGUUGUUGGGAGAUCAUUUGUGGAUCAUUAUUACCAUCUCUUCGACAAUGACCGCCCCUCUCUUCGCUCCCUCUAUCAACCCAACUCAAUGCUAACAUUUGAGGGCCAGAAGUUGCAGGGCGGGGAAGACAUCUGUGCCAAGCUUAACGCCUUGCCAUUUGGGCAAUGCCGCCAUGUGGUUAGCACCGUCGACUCUCAACCAUCAUCCCUUGAUGGCGGAAUCAUCAUCUUUGUGAGUGGCAGCCUUCUAUUGCCAGGAGAAGAGCAUCCGCUCAGGUUUAGCCAGAUGUUUCACUUGAUUCCUACUGCAGAAGGAAGUUUCUUCGUGCAGAAUGACGUUUUUCGCCUCAAUUAUGGCUGAACCCCAACUGGAUUGGUUCUUGACUGAUGAGGAAGAAUUUCUUUCUUGUUUUUACUUCGAAAUAUGGAUGGAUUUGUUGAAUCUAUGAAUAAAUGUAUUUUUUGUUGCAAAUAUAUGCAACUCAAAACUAAGGUGCCAUUUGAUUCAUCUAUCAUUCAUGGGUGACUUGAAAGGGGUGGCUAAGUAGGUGUUAUGAUUCUUGUGUCUAAAGAUUAUGAGUUCGAUUCUUG